GCUUCAACACCAUAUGCAAAUGAUAUUGAGUUCAAAAUUUGCAUUGUAGCACUAACCUAACCUUCCUAAAGCUAAAGAGGGGGCCAUUCAGACUUUAACUUGCUAGCUAUGAGAAUGCUGUCUAGCUAAAUUAUAUAUUGGAAUGUGGAGACAGUGUUGAAGGGAGGAAAUGGUUAAGUUUUUUGAGGACGACUGAACUGAAAAGACAAAGAAUAAAACCUGAAGGUGGCUGUAAUGCAACAUCAUGGAUGCCAACUGCUGUAAAACCUCACAGAAGGAAGGAGAAGGAGAAGAAGAAGAAGAAGAAAAAGAAGAAGAAGAAGAAGAAGAAGAAGAAGAACUCCUCGGGGGUCACGUGAUUGGGUUGAGCAUCUUUUUUUUGGUCCAUUUUGGCUGAUAACGAGAGCUCCGUGCAAACCCAAGACGAUGACCAAACUGCAGUUUUUAAACGUCUUUUUGACUGAGCGGCUCAUGCUUGCUGCACAGGAGAUCUACAAAUCUGUCGAGGACACGAUUUUGGAGUACCAGGAGGAGAUAGCGAUCCGGGAGCGAGAGAACGACCAUCUGAGACGAAGGCUGCGAGACGCUGGGAUUGAAAUAUGGCCAGAUCGUCCGUCAAUGGCGCUGUUGGAAGAGGAGGAUGGUGAGCAUCCACGGCGUGAGUGGAGUCCCAGCAUGGGGCACGAAGAACGUAUUCCUAUUCAGAUCAAGGAUAAAAGAGACCUCCGGCCCAACCAAGGAGAUGAUCAGCUUCGUGGCCAUGGCUCAUGCAGCACACCAGAGAACAUGUUCACUCCCCCACGAGUUGGAAAUCAAUAUCCCCAGGAUGGCCCUCACACAUCCAACCUCCCUCAGAGUCAAGGUGUGGAGAACAGAGAACGGGAUCCCGGAUCUCGAGGCUCCUCGAGGCAUGUGAAGGCAGAGAGUGGAGGAAGCCACAGAGGCUCUACUUCCUCCAACAGCGGCGCCCAGCCUCUUGCACCAGUCAAUCCAAACUGCUCAAAUGAGAACAACAUUGACAUUAUCGGGGUGGAGAAUGGAGGACAGAUGGUUGGUGCUAAGGGAAAUGGAAAUGGGGCUAACAGAGGACAGGCCUCUCACAUGCGCAACCAAGGAGCCAACGCUGUUGACUGCCCCCAUCAAAAAUCCCCCCUACAAGGUCACAUGUCGUCCUUCUGCUGCAAGGUUUGUGGCGAGGCGUUUAGUCACAUUGGCCACUUGCACGUGCAUGUACAAGUGCACACACGGGAAAAACCUUAUCGCUGUGGUGUAUGCGGGAAAUGCUGUAGCUCCUCCGGCAGACUGCAGGAGCACCAGCGUAGCCACACGGGAGAAAAACCAUUCCGCUGCCAGAUUUGUGGAAAGGGCUUCACACAGAUGGCUCACCUGAAGGUACACAUGAGGAUCCAUACAGGGGAGAAGCCUUACAGUUGCCCCGUGUGUGGCAAGUGCUUCAGCCGUUCUGACAAAAUAAAGAGGCAUCUCCAGACCCAUAGCCGUGAGGGAACAUAUUUCUCAGGGCAAUGAUGCAAGUGUGUUGUUGAACAACCCAGUUUGUGAAUCAUAUUGAUGUGGGAAACUUUUCUACAAAAAGCUAAAAUCGCUGCCAUUAAGACGAGGCUUUUUUCUUUCUACUUUCCAAGAACUAGGAAAUUCUGCAACUCUUAGAGCAAGUUUUUUAUCUAACCUAAUACUUCUCCACGCCAUAGUCCCUCAAUAGGUUUUGUAUUAGCCAGUUUAGUAUGUCAUUUACUUAAUUUUGUACUUGUCACUGAGUAUUAAAUCUCUGAGACACAAUUUGAGUUAUUAGCUAGCCUUUUUGAAUUAUCUAGCCUUUCCUUAGUCACAUAAUUAGCAUGAUGAAGUCUUCCACACAUGCCUUGAAACUGAGAUGCAUAAAGAAAUGCAACAAUGUUCAGCACGGUCACGGCUUAUCUUCAACCAGUCACUUCAUAUCCACAAGUUCACGUUUGAGUUUAAAAUUUGCAGGCUUUGCACCUAUCUUGUGUUCAUUAUUUUAACCUAAAAAUAAAAGUCAGAGUAUGCAUGAAAUGAUCUCAAUUUUCUCAGAUAAAAUUUAAAUUAACUACAGAAUAAAUGACUUGACAAAUGAAGCCCGUUUGUUAUCUGGCUUAGUCUUGAGAGUAGAAAAAAGGGUCGCACACUCUGGCUCCAUAUGCAUUUUCUUAUAUCCACAUGAUAUUUUGGCCCUCAGGCCUUCUUCAAGAUCAACAAUCAUGACUGCUGAUCUUUAAUCAUGAUUGCUGAUCUUGAACAAUCAUGACUGUUGAUCUUGAAAUACCGCCACAAACUGUAGACUUGAGACUUUUCCAGUUUACAAGGAGGAAUCUGAUCUUGCACUUAUCUCCAUAUUUGUCUUCAUUUUUGCUUUUUUUUUUUUCUUCUCGGUGCUGUUACAUUGUUGCAGAGCUAAAUACUGCCAUCUCACAUCAUCAGUGCUUCAUGUUGUCCAUUGAAAUAUGGAGAACUCUGUUGUGAGACUGCUCCACUUUUUUGUGAAAAUGUGAUAUUCUGUAAAAUACCACUAGUCCCAACCUAUCAUGCAUUUAAGAAUUUUGUGGUGUCUUUUUUUUUUUUUUUUUUUAAAUGACAUGCACUGCGGCAUCUGUCCUAGACGAUGCAGAAAUUCACUCUAUAAUAGGGCCAUACAGUAUUAGCUGAACCUAUCUGUGGAUUUUCAGGGUUCUCAGUCUGCAUUGAUUUAUGUUCACCUGUGUUUCUACCACAUUUUCAGAAGUGAUGGCUGGUUUAUUAUAGAAUCAGGUACUUCCUCUGCCCAUCCUGGACUGACUCCAUUGAACAGUAGACCCUUUCUCCUCUCAGGAUGCUGCAUUCAUAACACGAGGGUAUACCAGUAAUACUAAUGUCUGACUUGAAACAGCUAUAUUACAAGUCAGAAACUCAGGGUUUGUGAGUUUUCCCAUUGGAUUUGUGGAUAUAAACAUGGAAAUAAUAAUGGCCUGGAAAAAGAUGAACUAAAUAAAAUAAGAUGAAAUGUUAAUACCUUCAGAGUGUGUCAAGGCUCAGUUGCUCUGGGAAGUCCUGCCUAAGUUAAACCCUACGUGUGAUGAAUGCGGCACGAGACAACUUCAGCGCAUCCUCACAGCUGACCAGCAGCCCCUCACUCAGUCUACUCUGGGACAACUUUGCUUCCCCUGCACACACACACUCUACUGUACAGUGUUGUAUCAUUGCAUAUUAAAUGUUAUUUUUUAAUAAAGUAGCAAUUGAGUAUC